UUCAAAACGUCAAGAGCGCAAACGUUUUGUGUACUCCUUCUGACACCUUCGUAGUAGUCAUUUUGAAACAAAAGAAUAGUUUUUUUUUUUUUUUUUAUUGUUUCAUAACAUAAGGAAGCUACCAAAAGGACCACCAAUACAUCUGUUAUAAAUACAGUACUAUUAAUAACUCAUAGGACUCUAUCACAUUGGAUUCUGAAAAACUUUUCGAGAAAUGUACGAGAUUUGACGUCUGCGGUUCGUCCGUGGAUAAUGUUAUAUAAGAACAGUUCAUGUCACAGGGAGGCUGUAGGUGGCGGUAAUGCGUCAAAUGAUGCCAAACUCAACGAGGCUGAAAAAGCAAAAGAAGAAGAAGAGAUACACCAAAACAGCCAUGCUCCUACUUUAUUAACAAACUUGUUAUAUCUCAUCGCAUGUCAAAGUAUCCAGUAUUGUUUAGUCAUUUUCUAAUUGUUCAGGUACUAGUCUUCCUACCAUUCGCUACCCUCAAAUGGUUGUGUUAAGUUGAGCUCACCCAUCCAUUGCAGAUGUGUUGACCAGGGGAAAGAUGCCUCUAUUAACCCUCAAUGGAGUGACUAUCAACUUUCCCUUCACUCCAUAUGAAUGCCAGAAUGAUUACAUGAGUAAAGUCAUCGAAUGCCUGCAACAAAAGGUGAAUGGGGUCCUGGAAAGCCCAACCGGUACAGGGAAGACCCUGUGCCUGCUCUGUGCUACGUUAGCUUGGAGGGACCACUUUAAGGACACCAUCUCCGCUCGCAAGAUAACAGAGAGACUGAAGGGAGCCGAGAUGUUCCCUGACAUGCCGGUGGCCACCUGGGGUACUGCGGCCACGGAUGGAGACGGAACAACCUACUACACGGAUAUUCCAAAAAUCAUAUAUGCAUCCCGGACACAUUCGCAGCUCUCCCAGGUGAUCAGUGAGUUGAAAAACACUGCCUACAGACCAAAGAUGUGUGUGCUUGGAUCCAGAGACCAGAUGUGCAUCCACCCAGAGGUGAUGCGUCAGGAGAGCAAUCACAUGAAGGUUCAUAUGUGCAAAGCAAAGGUUGCUGCAAGGUCCUGUGCAUUCUUCAACAAUCUUGAAGAGAAAGGCACCGAUAAAGAUCUGGUUAAUUCCAUCAUGGACGUGGAGGACUUGGUGAAAGCUGGGAACAAGCACAGGGUUUGUCCGUAUUAUUUAUCGCGUACCCUGAAGACGCAGGCAGAGAUCAUAUUUAUGCCGUACAACUACCUCCUCGAUCCAAAGAGCCGGAGAGCACAGAAUCUGGACCUGAAGGGGGCAGUGAUAAUCUUUGACGAGGCACACAAUGUGGAGAAGAUCUGUGAGGAGUCCACCUCCUUUGACCUGACCCCCUACGACCUGACGUCCGCGAUUGAGGUGGUAAACAGCGUCUUGCAGGAGCAGGCCGAGGGCGCAACCAGCGCGGAGCCCAUCGCCGACAACUUUGCCUCGGGGUCUACGAACUCUGAUUUAAAUUUGAACAUCGCUGCAAUUGCCAAGAUCAAACAAAUGCUUCUGGAUUUAGAAGCCGUCAUUGAUUCCUAUGAAGUUUCCAGUGAGAAGGGCUUGACUAAACCUGGAAGCUUCAUUUUUGAGUUAUUCAAGAAGGCCAACUUGACAUUUGAAACCAAGAGUGCCAUGUGUGAUGCUCUGGAGCAGAUCACAAGCUAUGUUACAGGAAAAACGGGAAUAUUCAUGAACACGGCUGGGUUACAGAAGCUCUCUGAGAUCUUUCAGCUGGUGUUUUCUGGUGAGCCAAAAGAAGGGAACCCAGAAAAAGAAAUGCAGGCUAAUACUGCUCAGUUCAAAGUUCAUAUCCAUAAGGAUAACAGCUUUAACAAGAAGCCACAGAAGGUAGACGUAUGGGCAUCAUCGUCAACAAAAAAACAAGGCAACAUCUUGAGCUACUGGUGUUUCUCUCCUGGCUUCAGCAUGCAGGACCUCAAGCGUCAAGGCGUGCGCAGCAUAAUCCUGACCAGUGGCACCUUGUCGCCCCUUCAGUCUUUCACAGCGGAGAUGCAAAUUCCCUUCCCCGUAGCGCUGGAGAACACUCAUGUGAUCCAGCGAGACCAGAUCUUCGUUGGCGUCGUGGACCAAGGACCGGACGGCGUGCAGCUCAGUUCCACUUACGACCGCAGGUUUGUACCUGAAAACAUGGCCUCCUUGGGAAACACAGUUGCCAACUUUGGCCGUGUGGUUCCCCAUGGACUUCUGGUGUUCUUCCCCUCAUAUCCGGUGAUGGACAAGACUCUGGAGUUCUGGAGGGCAAAUGGACAUGCAGGUCGCAUUGAAAACAUGAAACCAAUGUUUGUUGAACCUAAGGGGAAGAGCAAUUUCAGUGAAGUUAUCGAGGGUUAUUACAACCAAGUUAACGAUGCAACAUCAAAGGGAGGCAGCUUUUUUGCUGUGUGUCGUGGAAAGGCCAGCGAAGGGCUGGACUUUUCUGACAACUAUGGCCGAGCAGUCAUCAUCACUGGCCUCCCAUUCCCGCCUAAGAUGGACCCACGGGUCAUGCUCAAGAUGCAGUUCCUGGAUGAGACCAGCAGGAAGAAGAUUCCUGGAGUCAAGUGCCUGUCCGGCUCAGACUGGUACAGGCAGCAGGCGUCUCGGGCCGUCAACCAGGCCAUCGGACGUGUCAUCAGGCACAAGGAGGACUACGGCGCCAUAUUCCUUUGUGACCGAAGGUUUAAAAACGCAGAUGUCCAAGCCCAGCUGCCCAAAUGGUUGAGGCCUUACAUACGCAGAUAUGACAACUUCGGCAACAUGGUCCGUGAUGUCGCUCAGUUCUUCAGAGUGGCCCAAAAAAUGAGGCCUCUGGUUCCUAAGGCAGCCGGCGGCAGGGAUUCCUCAAGCGGCCCAGGCGCUCUGUGUUCCAGCUCCACCGGCUGCUCGGGAGGUCAAAGCACUAGUGUUCAGGCUCCCCUCGCGGCCCAGAAGGCCAAGCUACUGGAUUCCCACGUUCCUAGUCUCAAAAGGAGGAAAUUGAAUGAGCACCCGGGAGGCGAUGGGAUGGCCCGGCUGUCUAUUCAGUACAGCACCGAGAUGCCAAGCAGCCAGAGACCUGGGACAUUGAUGGACGCCCUGGCUCACAGUGACAGGCAGCAUGGGGGAGAGGGAGGGGGAAACUCGGGGGCAGAGAUGGCCAGCGGUUUGUCCACACGGUCUCUUCAACAUGACAAAGACAUGGAUGAUAAAUCUCGGGGAGGGAAACGGAAAAUCAAACUGGUCCAGGAACAGAAAAAGAGCGUUCCGCCGGGCGCGUCGGAGGAGAACACGCACAGUAAGGCCCGGCGCUUCCUGACGGAGAUGAGGAAGUCUCUGAGCCAGAUGAACUACCAGAAGGUCAUGGACGCGCUGCAGGCCUACAAAAGGCUGGACGACCUCGGCGUACUGCAGGCAGAGGCCGCUGUCCUCCUGGUCGACGCCAACACCCACGUCCUCUACCGUGGACUUUACAAAUUCCUUCGACCGCACCAUAAGAAGUUAUUUAAUGAGAAAUGCCAGGAGCUGACGGGUCAAGGCUGUGGAUACAAAGAAGAGGACUCGCUCUCCAAGGAGGAGAAGGAGGCUCUAGUUCUGCAACAGACCGCAAACAAGGGGCGACCCGGUGUUAGCUCCCACUCUGGCCCUCCUGGCAAUCAGCUGAACACCAGUCUGCAGCUCAACAAGGGAGGCCAGCAUCUCGGCGUCCACACCUCAAGUGGGCAUUUGCAUAGACCAGGCCAGACGGGUGACGGAAAGGGUCCAAGGGAGAGCUUUCUGGCAGCCGUGAAGGAAACCUUCGGAGCGGAGAUGUCCAACCAGCUUCUUCUGGCCAUGCGGCGUUACGAGAAAGACGACGACUAUGAGAGCCUGAUCACCAUCGUAGUGGGCCUCCUGACGCAGAAGGAUGACAACCUGGUUCUUCUAGAGGGUUUUGAAAAGUUUGUUCAUCCCCACCAUAAGAAGCAGUUUAAAGAGAUGCUGGGGGAUUUGAAAGGAUAACCCGGCCGAAACAGCCAGCGGAGAGGCUAGGGUGGCACCCUCGGCCAAGUCUGGACCAAGUGAACUAUACUGAUGUUUGGCUCAUCAAUAAUGAACUCUGGAAUAGGUGAACUAUUUUACUGUUUUUACAAUCAAAAGGAUGCCACGGUAAAAAAUGAGAAAGUAAAUGUGUAUUGAAAUCCAGACCGCAGAUUCCUCCAUUCACAAUUACUGUAAUGUAUGUCCUAUGUGUAUAUGUACUGUCUCGGUACUGUAAAACAUGCAUUCCAUCAUAAUAUUGCCUUGCUCACAAAAUACUACAAAAAAGGGUUUUGAAAUAUAUUGUGUAUAGAAAUGUAAUUGAUUAAUCGUUGAAAAUAAAUAUUUUUACACCCAUGUUUCAUUUAAUCAUUU